AUGGCUGUAGCAGUUGAUCAACACCAUGGAUUCAGGCCAUUCAGCCGAUCCCAGAGAUGCAGAUUACAGUCCUACACUCAACUCGAUUACAGCAUACUUGCCCACUCCUUAACACAUGCAUUUGGUGAUGCUAAUUUUCACAAAAGCUUCUCCACCCCUUGUCUAUCCCUAACCACUGCAUUGGAGGAAGAUUUUGACACAAAUCCAAGGAUUGAAAUUGUUGGAGGCAGUAGGAUACCUAGGGUACAUGCUCUUGUAGUCGAGGUCGCCAUAGCUAUGGCGUCUGGUGCUGAUCUCUUGCCGGUGUCAAGUGGACUAGGGGGUGCCUACUACUUAUGUAGUCAAAAUGGUGACAGUAUUGCUGUGGCAAAGCCAAUAGAUGAAGAACCUUUAGCUUUCAAUAACCCUAAAGGCUUUGGGGGUCGGAUGCUGGGCCAACCGGGUUUGAAACGCUCAGUUCGGAUUGGUGAAUCUGGAGUUCGAGAAUUGGCAGCUUAUCUCCUUGACCACGGUGGAUUCGCUGGUGUUCCUCCCACAGCUUUAGUAAAAAUUUCCCAUGUUGCAUUCCAAAUUAAUAACAAUGCAGCCGGAAUUUCAGCUACACCUUAUAAGAUUGCUUCUCUGCAGCGCUUCGUGGAUCAUGACUAUGAUGCAGGAGAGUUAGGUUCUUCAGGCUUCUCAGUUGCUUCUGUUCAUCGUAUUGGAAUUUUUGAUGUAAGACUUUUAAAUCUUGACAGGCAUGCAGGGAAUAUGCUUGUUAAAAAAUACGAACUGCACAAUUAUGCAGUUGGGGUGGCUGAGCUUGUGCCUAUUGACCAUGGUCUUUGCCUUCCUGAGUGGCUUGAUGAUCCAUAUUUUGAAUGGUUGCACUGGCCUCAAGCUUCGGUUCCCUUUUCCGAGUUUGAAAUUGAGUACAUAUCCAAUCUUGACCCCUACAAAGAUGUAGAGCUUCUUAGAACUCAUAUUCCUUAUUUACGGGAGGCUGCUAUCCGUGUUCUUGUGCUAUGCACCAUCUUCUUGAAGCAGGCUGCUGCAGCUGGGCUUUGUCUUGCUGAUAUAGGGGAAAUGAUGACUCGGCGGUUCUGUGCUGGAGAAGAAAGUCUGAGUACAUUAGAGAAUCUUUGUUUGCAAGCUAAGGCUGCCAUGCCUACUACAGUAUAUGAGACGAAAGGAAAAAUUGGAGAAGUUGAAAUGUUUAAACUUGAAAACGAAAGUGAAGAAGGUUUGAAAGAGAAUUUGGACCUUCCUCAACUCUUAGGGAGCCAUUCUGGAAUGAGUAAGCCACCCAUUAUGUCAAGGUUUUCAUCUGCAGGAUCAAUUACUGGGUUGACCGAUGCAUCUCUGUCUCCACUAUUCGAGGAAAACGAUCAUGAUAACGACGAUAAUGACAGAAAGACUAUGAUAGGCAAUAAUGGUAGUGAUGAUGAUGGAAGUACUAGUGAUAGUCGUAAGGUCGGGGUUUUGAUGAAGAGCAUGAGUUUCUCAGUACCUACCCACAAUUGUGAAGCAGGGGCAAUAUCUUUUGGAGACAUGAAUGGAGAUGAAUGGGAACUGUUCUUGGAUAGUUUCGAAAAGCUUUUGCCGGAGGUACUCGAGGGCACAAAGUCCCUGAGCUUGAAGCAGAGGUUGGGAACUACUACUUCCUGCAAGUUCUGA